UUAUUGAAUUUCCUAAACCGACACAAAAAGAGCAAAAUGUGAAAUGUAACGUUAGGCCAUAAACGAAGCUCUACAUUUCAGUGUCUCUCUAUAUUAAAGAUGUUAAAUGCAAGUUAAUUGAAUCCUCCCCUCAUCGGUACAUGAACAUUUACGCAUUUAUUUGGCAGACGCUUUUAUCCAAAGUGACGUACAUUACAUGAUCCUAGAUGUUGUCAUCACAGGUCAAUUGUCAAUCACGUAAAUUGUAGAAGUAACUGAUUAUGUUUCUUUUUUAAAUAAAUGUUUACUCACUUUCAGGCUGCAAUAUGAUGCGCAUGCAUCAUCUGCGUCAAUAAUAAUCAGUAAAAAAAGGAAAAGAUUUGAGCAACUGCCCGCCCUACGCCUUGUGACGUAGGCAAGCGCGGGCAUUUCGGAAGUGGCAAUGGAGACAGACUGACUAAACUGACAAGAUUUUAAAAGCUUGUAAACAUCAAACGGGUUAUUUUACAAGGUUUAUUACUGAGAUCAGAUUGUGAGAUGAAGACCUACCUCUGUAGUAGUCUGAAUGCAGCCCCUCUCUCUGUGGCUGGCCAGACCAUCCUAGCAGCACUUCGGGUCCAGUAUCUUCAGAGAGCUGACAGAUGCAGAGCUAUUUCUUGUGGUAGAGGAUUCAGACUUUCUGAGCAAAAUAAUUUGUUCACGGAAAAAACUAACUCUCAUACGGAUAGACCAGAGAGUUCUCAAUGUUUUUCUCUAAAAGAAAGCGGGAACCAGAAUUCUCAAGAUCCAAAGCCGAGCCAAGACUUGAAUUUAAAUAGAUUGGACUUUUCUAAGCGUUUUGAGCCAAAAGGUGUGCUCAGUGAUGAGAAGAUUGAAAUGUACCAUGCUGCUUUCGAUGAUGUUGUUCAUCCCAAUACUCAGUCUAUUGAGCCAGUAGCACAGGGAGAGGUGCUUUCACCUGUUUCUGGCAUUUUUUUUGAGAGAAUCACCCAGGGUUACCAAGCUCUGACAGAAUCAAAGGGACAAAUGCUAACCCUCAGCAAAAGGAGGUGGAUUCUUCCUGAAAAGAUUUUAGAGUGCGAUAAUCCACAUGAAGCUCCUCCAAUGAAAAAGUGCUGCUUUGAACAGCUUUCAUUGCCUAUGGACAACUGCAAUAAGGCAUCCAGAGAAAAACUAAAAGUGGACAAGCAGACUAAGAAUAAAAAAAUCAACCCAUUUUGUAGCCACCAAUCAUAUUCAGGAGAGAAUGGUUUCAUGAAUAAGGAGUUGCUUGAAAGAGGUAACAUUGAUCCACACUUUGGGGUCAUCUCAGAAACCAAGUGUGACCAAGCUGUGUUUAUACAAACACAGGCUGGUCUUCUAUCAAAUGCAGUGAAACCGAAAUCUAGGUUGCCAGGUCUGGAGACAAGCCUUUUCCCACAAGACAGAAGACACUCAAAGUCAUCUGCUUCAGAGGAAAGCUGUCUAUAUUUCCAAAGAUGUGAGAGCAGCACUGUUCAUGAAUGUGAUCAGAACACAUCUGUUAAACCAGAUGAAUUACUGGACUUAUCGAAGCAGAAAGAAGACAGUGGAUCUGAGAGAACUCCGAUUCUCAAGGGUAGAACUAAUUUCCUCCAGCCUGACGACAUUGCAUUACCGAUGCUUUUUGGAGAGAAAAAUUGCGUGAUGGAGUCUACACUGCCCAUCACCCUUGAAGGUGCACAGCCCAGCAUCCAGUCCCUCACACAGGAAGCUCAUAAGACCACUUUAUCCCCUGAGAAGAGUAGCAGGACACAAAGAAACUGGAGUCUAACUACCAGCCCCGCAAGUUCCAAAGUACAGCUCUCCCACAAGGCAGCCGUAAAAACAGGCUCAGUGCAGCCCUUAAAAAGAACAAAAGUGCCUCGGUGUGAGGUCCAGAGACCGAGACACCGCUUCAGACCCCAGAGAGAAUCAAGUCAAGAAUGGAAGGAAUCAAACCUCUCCGAAGCACCCAGGCCUUCUGUAGCAAGUCACAUAGGAUCUAAUACAUUGCCUUCAGAAACGGAUAGAAAUGAAGAGUUGACCACAGCAACCUCAAAAGGAGGCUUUAGUUUGACCUCUGAUCCUAGAGUGUGUGACACAGGCCGUCUCUCAGAAGAGGAACGAGGGCGUGUGUGUGAGGAGGCUGGAAGAGCAAGAGCAUUGGUUGUUACUAUGGUGUACCAGGAUGGCACCAUACAACUGGACCCAGAGCAGAGAUCAUGUCCUGCCGUGUGUGGCCUACUGGUUCUGCUGAAGGGGGAUUUGGACUCGGAGAGUCUUGAGGAAAGACCGCAAGAGAAAGUGCUAUACCUCAGACUAGAGCAGACACCAACGUGGGCCCAACAAGACCUUGAACACAAUCAGAAGACCAUUACCAGAGAACUGCUGCUGCAGAUGGUGUGCGGCAGAAAGCCAAUUGUGUGCUUUAAAGCCAAAGACCUACUCCGUACAGCGCUGAGACAUUUCAGCAAAGACCUGAGCUGGAAGCAAGUGUUGGGGUGUCAGAUAAUGGAUCCUCAGAUUGCAGCCUGGUUGUUAGAUCCAGCCGACCCCGCAUCCUGCUUUCAGACCCUGGUCUACAAACACUACAUACAUCCAGUUACACGCACAUCACUGCAACCUGUGCUCGUACAAGCCAAGGUGACUCAAGUGAUCUCAAAUUUAUCACUUCUUCAUGGACUAAUGGAUGAAUUGCAUAACAAGCUUCAGACUCAAGGCCUGUGGCAGCUCUAUUCUGGCAUAGAACAGAUGAUGAUUCCAGUUCUGGCAGCAAUGGAGAGUUAUACAAUUCAUGUGGACAAGGAAGCCUUAAAAAAGACUUCAGAAAUGCUAGGGUCUAAACUGAAGCAGUUAGAACAGGAGGCUCAUCAGGCUGCAGGUCAACAGUUCUUGGUGUCCAGUAGUGCUCAGCUCAGACUGAUCCUGUUUGAGAAGUUGCGUUUGCAUGAACAGUGUGAGAAUAAGAAGCUCCCCAAAACCAUCAAACAGCAGCAGUCCACAUCCGAAACAGCAUUAUUACAACUACAAAACUUGCAUCCACUUCCUAACAUUAUACUACAAUACAGACAGAUCCACAAAAUCAAGACUGCAUUUGUGGAUGGCAUAUUGUCAUGUACGAACAAGACAUUCAUCUCUUCGACAUGGAAUCAGACGAGUACAGUGAGUGGCAGACUGUCGGCUAAACACCCUCAGAAUUUUCAAGCUCUUCCAAAGCAUCCUCUUCAGAUUUUGAAGAAGCAGUAUGUUCAUGGUAAAAAUUCUGAAGUGGUUUCUGUGCACCCUCGUGCCAUGUUCAUUCCACGUGAGGGUUGGACUUUCCUGUCUGCAGAUUUCUGUCAGGUGGAGUUGCGUCUCUUGGCUCACCUGUCGUCUGACCCCCAGCUGCUGGGAAUCUUUCAGAGACCUGAAGCAGAUGCCUUCACCAUGCUGGCAGCCCAGUGGAAGGGUGUGAGCGAGGACAAAGUGAGUCUGGAGGACAGAGAGCAUUCCAAACGUAUUGUCUACUCUUUGGUUUAUGGAGCUGGAAGAGAGCGGUUGUCUGGCAUUCUGGGCGUGAGCGCAGAGGAGGCCAGUCGUUUUCAGGACAGUUUCCUGCAGACCUACAGAGAAGUACAGGCUUUCAUCCAACACACCAUCCAGCACUGCCACAAACAAGGUUUUGUAAAGUCUAUAAUGGGAAGACGGCGUUGUCUCCCUCACAUUCAUUCUGCUGACUGGAGCCUUCGAAACCAGGCAGAGAGGCAGGCUGUCAACUUUGUACUACAGGGCUCAGCUGCAGAUCUUGCCAAAAUGGCCAUGAUCAAAAUCUGUUCCCAAGUGUCCUCCACCUCUUACACUGCCAGGUUGGUGGCUCAGAUCCACGAUGAGCUGCUGUUUGAGGUGGAGUUCGCACAAGUCAAUGAGUUUGCUGUUUUGGUUAAGAAGACCAUGGAAUCCCUUCAGCACAUCGAAAGUUUAGGAGUGAGUCUCUCUGUGCCCCUUAAAGUCUCACUGUCUACAGGACAGACAUGGGGCUCAAUGUGUGAGAUGAACCUCGUGUGAACCGCUGUAGCUACUUCUCCCCGAGUCUCUUGCUCUUCUUCGCCAUCCCAUCGCUAUGGUAACCGAGCAGCUGCAGCUCCUAAUUCUUCCCAUUGAAGUAUCCGAGGGCAACGGUAGGAGAGGUCUGGAUCGAACCAGUUCCAUUUUUGGGGGCUUCCUUAUCUUUCGCUGAUUCGUUUUUAUCCUUAAGUGUUCUGUUGUUGGAUUAUACUGUUCCUCACACUGUAGAAUCACUUAGAAUUCCCUUAAAUCUGUAAUGGGUUUUUUUCUUAACACCCUUAUAUUGGCUAAGCUGUUCACUUUACAACGUAUUUCUAUUUAUUAAGGAGACAAGUAUGAUUUAUGAGUUCAAUGUGGUUCUCAGAUGUUUAAUAUAAGGAUGGGUGUAAUUUCAAAUGUAUUACUGAAGCACGUGCUUGUGUCACUGCUAUCUGUCUCUCAGCCAAUGUAAUGGAACCUCUGUCUCCUUAUGAAUUUGA